UACAGCGCUGAACGUUUUCUACUCACGGGAUAUUUUAACAUCGCUGCAAGCACAGGAACUGUGCUGAGGCAAAUUUCGCACUGACAAAAUGAGCUGUUCUGUCACCCAAACUAUUAAUGAUACCAAAGAUCAAUUUAAAGCUGCUCUACCUGGGCGGCCUUCUGACGGCUCACAUGAUCCGGUUUGCACCGUGCCAACAGAGCCGGACCGCCACAGGCCCAGAGUUAGGGCUUAUACGACAAAGGAACGAUUUAGAAAACUUAAUGAGUUUAACAGUAUGUUUCGCGGUGAGCCAUUGCUCACCUUCAAAACGGAGCCAGCAGAGCCAAAGCCAUCCCACUCUGAUUUCCCCUGGCAAGCACAAGCUGAGCGGCGCAGAGAGACGCUGCAGCAGCUGGCUGGGAUUAAGCCAAAUCCUCAAACUUUCCUUGUGACUGGAGCUGACUACUGGAAAUACUAUAAACGGCCUUUGAUUCCAUUUGAACAAAAGUUCCCAACAGAUGUUGUCUUUGAAUUUGCAGAGGAAGAUUUUACAAUCACUGCUAAGGAGCAACUGCCCGCUAAUCGCUCUCUGGGGGUUCAGACGGACUUCAGAGAAAGCGAAACCCAGACUGACCCAUUCAGUCCUGAGUAUGUGGUGCAGCGUGGGAUGACGCCCACAGAGCUCCUGCAACUGGCAACAUUGACUUGGGGUCAUGGCUUGCCAGCAGGCCUUGCUGAGGUGGAAAUGAUAGAGCGAGCGCGUGAAAAGCGAAUUUGGGAGACCACCCUGCCUCCUCGCCAGGACCUGAGCCAGAUCGACAAGAGGAGGCGCAUGAUGGAGGAAAUGGAAGCCAAGGAGUGGGCUUUCAGGGAAAGCGAGAUCGAGAAAGUGCAGGAGACGCGCCUUGCUGUGCUGGAGGAGCUGCUGAGGCAGAGAGAUGAAGCUCAAAAGGAUGUUGCAUAUGACCGACUAACCCAAUUGUACGCUAAGCACCUGAAGGACAGGGAGCUCGAGCUCAAGAAGAACCACCACAAAUACAUGAGAUCUCUUAGAAAACUGGAAAAAAAGAGGAAGAAUGUGGAGGGAAAACUGCAGCGACAGGACAUCGUUGCUGAUUUUCAGACUCACAAUGACAAGUUCCCUUAUGGCAACAUGAAAAUGUUCAACAGUGACUACAUAAACACAUAUGAAGGCUUACAAGAGCUAGAGACAGGACUAAAGACAUCACUGAAACAAGUGACGAUACAAUGGAGAGACAUUAAGAGCAGAAAGAAGUCUCCCGCACAAAUAGCAGUGGAGCUACUGGAGGAUUACAAGGCCGUCAGGGACGAGGAGGGCAGGGAGAUUACAGUGAAGGACCACCGUUUUCCGUUUCGAAAAGAGAAGCCACUUCCUACUCCUCCUCCCACUCCAGCAGUGGAAGUCCCCUCAGAGGAGGAUGAGAACACAGAGAUUGCCGUCAUCUUUUUGCAGAAGCUACUCAGGGGAAGAAGCAUCCAGUUUGAGAUCUUCAAGGGCAAAGAAAACCAGCUGGAGCUCAUCAGGGAACUUAGGAAAGUUCACGCUCUGCAGGCUAGGGAGCAGAACCUGCAGAAAGCAGAAAAAGACCGCAUACUGGCGCUGAAGAAACUCAGAGAUCAGCAGAUGGAGCAGGCCGCGACGAGGGAAGCGCGUCAGGCCGCGGUGAUCGGUGUGGACCUCGCCCAGGUGUUCUUCAUCUUGUCCCAGGAGCUGAUUCACCUGCAGGAGGAGCGCAGGAUCCACGCUUUCAUGCUCCUGGCAGAGAGAGAGCGCCGUCGAAGGGAGGCGGAGGAGAGCGGGAGGCGUCAGGUGGAGGAGCGCAGGCGACAAGAACGAGAUGAGAUCUUCAGAGAAAUUGUGCAGGUGCACCAGGAAAGUGUGGAUAUGUAUUUAGAGGACAUGAUUUUGAGAAAUGUGGAUUAUUUGGCCGAACAGCAAGCCAGAGAUGAGAUCCACAAGAAGGCACAGCAGCUCAAUGAAAUUGCUUACGCCAUGGAGGAAAGCAUGGACAAAUGUCAGCCAGAGGAGAUUGUGUCAGAGCUGGUGUACAGCUUCCUUAUCCCCGAGAUUGAGAAGAUGAGAGUCAGGCGAAGAGUUCAAUUGAAGCAGCUGAGACACUUGGAGGCAGCUCGGAGGAUCAUUCAUGGGUUUGAAGUCCCCACGGAGAUCCAUUCACCCGAAACUCCACAGGAGAGCGCCGCUGAUGCAAGCACGUCCGGGCCGGCUGAGGAAGAGAUGACGAGCCAAGAGAGCCAAGAGUAGCAGAGGAAACAAGCACAGCAGUCACAAAGAAAGGAGUAAAGGUUCAAAUUUAA